CCGCGCAACAGCUGUUAACCUUAGAUUAUUUAUUUUAACCUUCAAACAAAAAUAUUUGAAAUUUUAAAGAAAUAUAACAAAAUGUGUGCAUAUUUUACAUUAAGUGAGUUUUAAUUAUUUAUUGGGUUAUAAUGGAAUUGAUAGAUCAAUCGGAAAAAUCACUAUACGAUAAAUGUAAAUAUGAAGUUAAAGUUUGGGAGCAUAAGUUUAAGAAGACAAAUGGAAGACUUCCGUCCAGAUUAGACAUCAAAGAAGCAGAUUCUAAAGUUAGGAAUGCGUAUAAAACAUAUUUUAGACUCAAAACAGCUGCCUUGGAAAGAAGUUUCAUGGGGAUCGAUGGAUUUUGUUCAGAUGAGGAGCAACCUAUUUGUGACACUCAACAAGCAGAUCCAGUUAGUAAGACUGACGAACAUUGUGAUAUGAAGAAAAAUUGUCUGCCUGAUUCCACUUGGGGUAAGCACCUCAAUAAAAAGCCAUUGGAAAAGAGCCAUUCAGAACCGUUGAAACCGGCUGCUAAUUUGAAUCAAAAAUUUGUUAGUAAACUCUCAGUUGGUUCUAAACUCGUUAAGAGAAAUCCAAGAAAAUCUCUCUCACAAAAUAAACAUACUACAACAAGUUCACAAGAAAAACAAAAUCUUAAUAUAACUAGCACUUCCGUUCCUAUUUGUCGUUCCUACUCAGAACCAGUUCAAGUAGAAACAAAUUCUGUGGAUCUCAGUUCAGAGAUAAGUCAUCCUCAACUCAAUACACAAAGGGUAAAAAUUGUACCUGCGAAUAAGGUUGCACCCACAUCUAUAAAUAUUAUUAAUGAUUUGAUGGACAGAAAAGUAGGAACAACUCCCAAACUAAGAAAUGUUGAUGUUAAAUGGCUUGAAAGGGUUGAAAUUAAUACUGAAGUUCACAACAAAAAUGAGACCCAAGUAACCAAAAUUGAUUCCAUAAGUGAUGAAGAUAUAAUUGAUAAUUCUGAUGAUGAUUCAAAUUGUUCAAGUCACGUAGCUAAGAGAUUUAAAUAUAGCAAUAAUGUUACUCCUAACUUCCAGAAAUUCAUUAAACAUAAUAUUAUUUCUGAUAAACUAGCUGCAGCAACAAGUGUAGCAAAUUGUGCUUCUAGCACACAAACUUCAGAGCUCUCUCAAUUGUCCACUGUACCAUCUGCAGAAAAUUCCAUUUCCAGUGUUUCACAAAAAGGAAUGGGAACAAAAGAUUUGUCCACUAAAUCAUCACAAGAAAAUGAAAACGAUUCUAAUAAGAUUGAAUCAGGUGGAUGUAGUAGUUAUAAUAAUAGAAAUAAAGAAAUUGAUGAACACGAGAAUGAGGCAUUGACUAGUUUGAAAAAGAAGAAAAAUUUAAAUGAGAACUUUGUGCGGGUAAAUCUAAAGAAGAAAAUUUACGCUAGAGGCAAAAAAACAAUGAACUUUUCUACAUACAAAAAAAAUUUGUGGAAGAGCAGGAAAAAGUUUAUGGAACAAAUGGAAGAAGGAAGUGACUCAUCUAAAAAGAAGUUCGCUAAACUUAUGCCUCUGGAGGACUAUGCUUCGGAUGAGGAAAAUAAUUUAUUGGAGACUCUGAAUGAAGCAUCUGGAGAAGUUGCUUCCUAUGACCCUCCUUCAUCAACAGAUUUGAUAACGCCUGUUUGUGAAGAAGAAGAUGAAGAUGACCUGCCAUUAGCUGUAUUAAAACAAACCUUGCCAACAUCUUCCCAGAAAGAAAUCAAGAGCACAUCAAGUAAACCACAACUGAAUACCGCUAAGCGAAAAUCAACCAAUAUAAGAGUUUCACAGAAAAAAACAGGCAGAAAUCAGCAAAUAAAUUCAAAUUCCAAAAAGUUGAAGAAAAAAGAUGAGAAUGAAGAUAAUCUGAUUGAAACCUAUGAUGAUACAAUGGAAAUAGAAACAGAAAACAAAGUAAUUGCACAAUCAAAUCAGCACAAUUUUAAUGAUGAUGAUGAUUUUAAUUUAUUAUUGGAAACUAUCAGAGUAGAAAAUAUGCUAGAUAUGAAAGGAGUAUAUCCAUUGUAUUCACCUGAAGAUGAUGGAUCUUUGAUUGAGACUCCAGCAGAGGUAUUCAAUGCUUUAAGAUUAUUUGGGCAUAAAUCAUUCCGGGAAGGUCAAGAAAGAGCAGUGAUGAGAAUUUUAUCAGGAAAGUCCACAUUAGUGACUUCCAGCACUGGCUCUGGAAAAUCCCUAUGUUAUCAACUACCUGCCUACUUAUUCAGGCAAAAAUACCGUUGUAUUUCUCUAGUCAUUUCACCUCUUAUCUCAUUGAUGGAAGAUCAAAUAAAAUGUAUGCCAGGACCGUUGAAUGCUGUCUGCUUGCAUGGAAAUCAAACAAAAACUCAACGUGAUAUAAUUAUAAAGGCUUUAACAGAUGGCGAUGUGAGUAUUUUAAUGGUUUCACCAGAAUCAAUACUGUCGUGUGAUUACUCGUCUGGUUUUGGUUCUAUUCUCUCACGUAUACCUCCUAUAGCUUUUGCUUGUUUAGACGAAGCUCACUGUUUAUCUCAGUGGUCUCAUAACUUCAGACCAAGUUAUCUAGUAGUGUGCCAAAUAUUACAAGAAAAACUUGGUAUUAAAACAAUACUUGGACUCACAGCCACAGCUACUCAAUGUACGAGAGACAGUUUAAUUAAUCAACUACAAAUACCUGAUGGAGAAAGAGGGGUUAUUAGAGAUAUUCCUAUCCCAUCGAAUUUAAUAUUAACUGUAUCAAGAGAUAUGAAUAGAGAGCAGGCUCUUCUGGAGUUACUACUGUCCAAACCAUUUGUGGAUUUCACAAGUAUAAUUAUUUAUUGCUUGAGACGGAAUGAUUGUGAGAAAGUAGCAUCUUUUCUCAGAGCGUCCUUAAAGGAUUAUGUUCCUCCCAGUAAUUCAAAGAAAAGGAAACGUAUCAGCUCUCAAGUGGAAGCUUAUCAUGCUGGAUUAUCUGGAGCAAAACGUAAAACCAUCCAGAAUGCAUUUACUUCUGGGGAUUUAAGGAUAGUAGUUGCCACUGUUGCCUUCGGUAUGGGUAUAAACAAAGCGGAUAUACGAUCUGUUAUUCACUUCAAUAUGCCAGCUAAUUUUGAGAGUUACGUGCAAGAAAUCGGUAGAGCUGGUCGUGACCGACUCCCAGCUCAUUGUCACAUAUUUCUCGACAGACAACAUGGCGAUGUUUACGAACUUCGACGACAUAUAUAUGGCAAUAGCGUUGACCGCCACAUCAUAAGAAAACUUUUAAGGAAAGUCUUCAUCCCUUGUAAGUGUGAAGGCACUUGUUUGAAACAUGAAAUUAUGUUCUCUGUGAAUUCUACAGUCAACACAUUGGAUAUACCAGAAGAAGUGAUUUCUACCCUUCUGUGUUAUUUGGAAUUACACGAAAGGAAAUACAUUAAAGUUUUGAAGCAGUCCUAUGGGAAAUGUAAAGUGGUUUCAUAUGGUGGGGGUGCUUUGAUACAUAAAACAGCCCUCACAUGUGAGCCAUUAAAACAAGCACUCCAUCUGAAUGAAAAUCAGUUGGAUAAUUCCAACUCGAUAGAAUUUUCUAUAAUGAAAGUUUCGAAAGUUUUAAAUUAUGAUACAGGUAUAUGCAAACAAAUCUUGAAAAAUUUGGAAUGGACCACUAUCAACGGCCAGCCUAAACGCUCAGCUCUCAAUGUUGAGUUUUCUGAUUUAAGCUUUCAUUUACUCUCCCCUGGGAACUUACCUGAUGAAGAUUUGGAUGAAGUUUUAGAUACUCUAUAUAACAAAGUUCUAAACCAAGAAAAUGUUGCCUAUGCACAAUUGAUUGAUAUUGAUCAAACUUUAUCGAAAGUAGCAUUGCCUACAUGUAAAAAUCUGAAUGGAAUAGAAGAGAAAAGUGAUAUAUUGAAAAAAGAUAUACGAGAAUAUUUCGAAUCUAAAAAAAAUAUAGGAACCGUCCAGAUUCCAGAAAUAACCGAGGAAGAAAGAAAUGCAAUUAUUCGAGAUAUAAAAUUGAUAGUUGAUAGAUAUGGGGAUGAAAAUUUUACAGGACGAUCUAUUGCAAGAAUAUUUCACGGUAUUGCAAGUCCUAACUUUCAACCUCGAGUAUGGGGAAGGACAAAAUUUUGGAGAAGUCACUUGAAAGUUCAUUUCAAUACCAUUUGCAAAAUUGCAACUAGUGAAUUGAUCAGGAUUCAUGCAUAAUCAAUUUUAUCUCCAAUCUUCCAAUAAAUUUUAUUUUCAUA